AUGGAGGCCUCAACAUCGUUCCUAAUUAAUGACACCGAAAUUGCUAACUCUACAAACUUUAACACGAAACCGGUGAAUAUUCAGCUUUCUCUUGGAUUUGCUAUAAUUUUUUUUUUCUUGUUUUUCUCUGGUUCGUGUCCUCAAAAACUAUGUAGCUGAUUCACGGCUGGCUCGAGCCAUCGAAAAAAAGGGUCCUGACACGAUAAUGCACGAGACAGUGCCUGGCUCGUGGAGAGCGCAGAUAGGCCCUUUUGGCGUCCCGAGCUAUCCGUGAAUCGGCUAUAUCAUUAAUUAAAAUUAUUGAGAAAUUCUUUUUAAAAAAAUCAUUAAAAAAGGAAAUUUGAGGCCACCGAAAUACUCUACGACGAGGUCCACUCCACGUUUUGGGUCGUUUUUAUCAUCUACGUGUGUUGUUCGAUCACCUGGAUUAUUUAUUGCUGCCUUUCCUACCACAGGUGUGUUUUUUCACCUUUCUCAAAAAAAAAGGUAAAUGAUGGUUUUUCAGAGAGUUGGAGGCUGUGAAGAAGAAGGUUCACGAGAACGGCGUCAGAAGACGAUUGGAGUUUGAGUGAGUUUCUCAAAAUUUGAAUAAUUUUACAGACUUGAAGCUUAAAAAAUUCAUUUUUUUUUUUUGCUCACCAGGGAAUGGUCUGAGUUCACAGGGGGACCUCUGAAUGAGACCAUGUUUUCUAGAUGUAGUUUUUCAUGCUUAUUCCUAAUCUGGUCUCAAAAGCUGCCAUAUAGGUCUGUGAAAAAAUUUAUAGACCAUCAAAAGUCGAAAAUUUCAUAGUCUCCGAUCGAGCUUCCCUGGUAUUGGUCAGUUCCUGAGGGUUUUUUUCAAAAGGUUCCUGAAUUCCUGAGUUUUCAUUACGACAUUUUAGCUCAAAAACGUUCAUUUCAUAAAUUAUGGAAAAUUUCAAGCUUGAAGCGGUUUUUUUUUGUUGAAUUUAACUAUAGCGCACAACCUUUUUUAGAUGGAUUUAUUGAAAUAUCGAUUAAUUUUUUUCGAGCUUUUUCUUAGGUUUCUGUGUCUAAACAUGUGAAAAAAAUGAUACUAGAAAAAAAUCACAUAAAGAACGCUUAAUUUAAAUAAUUUUUGAAUCGGAAGUUUGUUUUUCUCCGUUUAAUGUCAUUGAGGGAUUUUUCAAAGGCCUAGUUUUUCGAGAAAUUUAAGUAAAUAAAAAAAUUAACGGGCCAAGUUGUAGUUAAUUGUAAAGAAAGAGACCUCUCUUAUGAGAUUUGCGCUUUUUUAAAGGCUCAGAAGACGUUCUGGAACAAAAUAUAUACUUACUUUUUAGUCUGAAGUUUUUUUUUUGAGUUUCUUUGAUGUCUCGGACAAGCAUUUCUAGUGACCACUUUAGCAGCCUCAGCACUCUCAAGUGAUCUCUUUAAUCGCCCAGAAACGUCCUUUUCGGGUUAUCAGUUUCUGAGGUCUUACGCAGCCAUUGUGCGAUUUUUGUAAAAAAUUAUCUUGAAAAAAUUAUAAAAGAACAUUUUUGUCUUGUUCUUACCUUUUUUGUAUACCGUUUGCAGUGAAGUAACCUUUAAAAUGAUUCAAGUUCAAAAAAAUGUUUCAGCCGUAUGCUAAAAGCCUACGAGCGAAUACCGAUGCUCACCCAGCCCCGUACUGCUUCUUCAACUCCUCCCCCUGAACAAAUCGAGCCGAUCGAACCAGUUUGA